UUCAUCAAAUUAAUAGUCAACAUUUAAAAACUACAAUUUCUAUACUGGCUAUUCAUUUAUUUCUUGGAUACUUGUGCUAAAGUAGCUGUUUUCUAACAUAAUCAAAAUGUCUGGUUUAAUGUUAUCAAUUUUGAUGCUGGCCCUAUUCUGCGUCACAGAAGGUGGAAAGAAUUCAAGAAAUCCAUUCCAAUAUGUGAUGUUCUGUUCGGACGGAGAAGUUCAUGACAAGUUUUUAUCUAAUCCCAUCAGAUACACCUGUAAACCAGGACCAGGAAGAAAUGUAAAAUGUCAAACUAUAUUUUUUAAUUUGAAAGGAUAUUUUGAAUGUCCAGGAAAAGGCUUUAUGAGUGGCUUUGAGUUUACUAUUGGAUAUGGUGAGAACAUUCGUUGCUGUCAGGACAAAGAUAUCACAUACUCAAAGGAAGAUUGCACAGUACAACUUAACAAUGAUUUGAUAAAUGGGCGAUCAUACAGAAUAUCUAAAGGAAAAGUGCUGGUUGGUUCGAAAACCUUAGAUGGCGGGAAAACCUGGUACAACACGGAGUGCUCGUUUCGUCCAAAAAGAAAGUAUUAAAAGAAAAAAAAAUUCUGCCACACCGAAUUAGUUUGAUCGUACAAAAUGUAUUUUUUUUAUUCAUCUAUGUAAUUGAAAUAAAACAAUUACCUUUA